AUGACGGAGACGACGCGCGCCGACGUCAUCAUGGCGACGCCGCCUCAGCGCGAGGCGUCUCUGAAGCGACCGCGCGCGCUCGCGCUCGAGGACGACGACGACGCGACGGAUCUCGCCGACGUCGAUCGCGCCGGACAACGACCCUCCGUCGUCCUGCGAUGGCGCUACGAGGACGAGGACGAGCGCGCGAUCGUCGCGGACGUCGAGCCCGCGGCGACCGAGCGCGCGCGCGCGGACGCGGAAAAAGACUUUCCGACCGAGUCGAACGAGCUCGCGAUGAACGCGUUCGACGACGUCGCCCCGGGCGCUGAUGGCGUCCGGCGCAUCUCGAAUCCGCCCGAGGACAGGGAUGAGGACGCUCACGAGCGCAGGCUCGCGUCGAGAAAGCCCGGGGACGUCUGGGCACUGUACGAGCACGGCACCGGAUUGCCUCGGUGGUACGUGCAGCUCCUCGCCGCGGACGAGAGCUACCUGUGCAACGACCGCCCGGCGCGAUGGCGCGUCGUGCUGUUGGACCGCGACGCGAGAGCAAACGUGGGAUGCCACUGGCACGAGGAGGGCGUCGACAUGAGGUGGAAACUGGGAAUUGGUGGCAAGUGGAAAGGAUGGAGCCUCGCGAACUGUGGCGACGCAAUAUUCAGUCAUCCCGCUUCGGCGUGCGAACACGUCGCUCGAGCCGCCGCGAAGUUUAGAUGCGCGAACGACGCGAGCGGAAACGGCUUUUUAAUCCCUUGGAACCACCCGGCGGCGUUCAUCGAGCCGAGGCCGCAACAAGCGUGGGCUAUGACGUCGCUUCCAGAGACUACUGACAGCGGCAGGACGAUGCGAGCGUCGGACGAGCGUCAGUACGUCGUGAUCGACGGCGUGAAGAAGAUGUUAGCGUCCGAGGACAUUGUUCUCGUGACCGAGGUGCGUCGUUCAGUCGUUCUGGAAAAUGAGUACGGCAUCGCGGAGAUGAAAGAGCGCGUGGAGACGACGUCGUUCACGGUGGAACGGCUCGCGCCGAUCGCGAGCGACGUCGACGGCGCCGAGCGCGAGAACGUCGCGGGCGCGUACAGACGCACGGGGGCGCUCGUUGUCGUUGAGGCGAAGCACUUUGACUUUCAAGUGCUCGUCAACGGUGAAGAGACGACGCCAGAGGGCACGACGCUGCGGCUGGACACGUUCGCGCUGCAGGUGGUUCGCGACGACGACAUUGAAAUAGAGGACGGCGACGACUUCGUAUCAUACUUGUCUUCGAGCGACGAGGAAGAGGCGCGCGAGACGGCGAGGACGAAGCGAAAAAAACGUUCCAGAUUUCACCUCGAGCCCAGCACACCCUACAGCAAGUAUCCGUCGUGCGCGCGGUGCCGCGAGGUGGAGUGGCACCACUCGAAGAAGUCGCCGGGGGAACCCCAUCACGGCGCGCCCGUCGUGUUGCGCUGCGGCGACUGCGGUUUAUUCUGGCACGUGCAGUGCAUCGCGCCGUCCACCAUCCCCGGAGACGCGCACGCGUUCGCGGCGGGGGGCGAUGGAUGUCCGUGGACGUGCGAGCGCUGCCGCGUCUACGCGAAGGGCGACACCCCCGCGGACGCGCUCGCGCUGUCUAACCUGUGCCCGGACAACGCGGGAUGCCUCGGGUGGGAGCAACUCGCGCUCGCGACGACGCUCCUGGAGGAGUGGAACGACGACGACGCGAGACGCCCGUAUGGACAAUUACCCUCACGCCUCGUCGCGCGCGUGCGGUUCGAGUCCGACGCCGGCCGGAAAACGUCGGAAAAAUGGGUGGCCUGGGACGUCGUCGAGAAGCUCCCCGACGCGGUGCUCGCGGGGUAUCUCCGCGAUGACGCGUCGCGCGCCGCGCGCGUCACCGCCGCGGUCGGGUCCGAGCGCGAGUCCGCGUCGUCGGGGAUAUACCCCGAGGACGAGGAGAUCGCGUGGCGCGCGGACGACGGCGACGCCGGCGAGCGGAAAUCGACGAAGCGCGUGUGGCGCUUUCGAAGUAACGGGCAGUACUUUGGCGUGACGCAAUAUUUACACGCGUUCGAUGAUGACGAGCUCGAGAUGACGGAGAAGGCGAUCACGGAGUUGAUCGAUCGCGAGCGCGCGUCCGGCGACGCCCCUCACGUGCACGUGGGGCUCAACGGUGGUCGAAUCAAGGUUUUCUUCGGGUACCGGUACACGUACGACUCCGUGACCGCGCCGAAGCUCAUCGCGGACGCGCCGCCGAUACCGUCGUGGGUGCACUCCACCCUCGGCAACAGAGCGAAGAUCAUCGGCGCGAUCGACAAAAACGUCGUGAUCGACAACGCCGUCGUGAAUCUGUACGCGAGAUCGAAAGCGCGCCUGAGCGUGCACAUGGACCCGAGCGCGUUGUUCAAGCGCCCGAUCGUGUCCGCGCGAUUUUUCGGCGACGGCGUCCUCUCCUUCGGCGCGAAGGGUCAGUACGAAGGCCAAAGGAUACACUCAGUGCCGUUGACGCGCGGAUCGAUCGCGGUCAUGGAGGGGUACGCCGCGAACAUGGUCACGCACGCGGUGAACGAACGCGACGUCGUGGGGAGAGGCUGCAGCUUCAUGCUGCGGAGUUGUCAACCUGAUGCGAUGGAGGACGCGGAGAGGAGGAAGAAAGGCGACGCGGAGACGGCCGAGCUCGAGAAGAUCGAUUCGAUCAUGAGAAAGAUCGAGGAGGAGCGCGCGUGCGUUCAAGAUGUAUGA